GCUUGUUAGUCGGCGUGUCUUUCGGGUGGCUGUGGUACUACGACAGGCAAUAUUUUGACAUUAUAGUUUUCAAAGUAUUAUUAUAGUCGACGUAUUUUGAUAUUCAUUCUGAAAAUGAGUACCAUGUUUGCAGACACGAUUCUGAUUGUGUUCAUAUCCGUUUGUACCGCUCUCUUAGCUGAAGGGAUCACAUGGGUGCUGGUCUAUCGAACAGACAAGUAUAAAAGACUAAAGGCAGAGGUGGAAAAGCAGAGUAAAAAGUUAGAAAAAAAGAAAGAAACCAUCACAGAGUCUGCUGGACGUCAACAGAAGAAGAAAAUAGAGAGACAAGAGGAGAAGCUGAAGAACAACAAUAGAGAUCUGUCUAUGGUGCGAAUGAAGUCUAUGUUUGCCAUUGGCUUCUGCUUUACAGCCUUGAUGGGAAUGUUCAACUCCAUCUUUGAUGGGCGAGUUGUGGCCAAGCUUCCAUUUGUCCCCUUGUCCUACAUCCAAGGCCUGUCCCAUCGUAAUCUCCUUGGAGAGGACUACACUGACUGCUCUUUCAUAUUCCUCUACAUCCUCUGCACCAUGUCCAUUAGACAGAAUAUCCAGAAGAUGCUGGGUCUUGCCCCUUCUCGGGCUGCUACAAAACAGGCUGGGGGCUUUCUGGGGCCACCUCCACAAGCAGCCAAGUUCUCCUAAUGCCUCUGCCGUGUCUUUUUACAUCUUGGCCAGACUAGAGAGUAGAUGCAGAGCUCCCUACUUCAUAAAAUACAAAUGGUACUCUGUAACCAUUUGAGCAUGGUUUUAGGAAUUCCAAAUUGUCUGGAGAUACAUAAGUUACAGACCUGUCUGUGUUUUAAAUUAGUUUGUUUAAUCUAUAAUUAUUUAAGUGACACGUUUACAAUUUAGUGUAGUUAUCACACUUUCGUGAUGAUGCAUAAAUCAUAAUUUGUUGUAAAUGAGCAAUAAUUCCGUGCUACAUCCAUUAAGAGGAAAUGUGUGCUUUGUAUUACAUUCUGAGAAAUCACAUGAUGUAUUAAAAUACACUGAAGGUAUCUUGUCACAGAACAGAUUUCUUAUUAUUAUUGACAUGAUUCUUGUUUAAGUUAUGCAAAAUGGUUAAAUACGUACUGAGAAAAUGGAUUUUUAAGUAUUUGUGUUAAUACGUUCUCAAUUCAAGUAUUCCAACCAUAUACACUACC